GGCCUCACAGGUUAACUGUCGCACCUGUUGCAUGUCCAAUGUUUACAGAUGGCGCUGUGCCCGGAAGUGGUUUGUUUCAGUGGUAUCAACAUGGCGUUAGGGCCAGACUGGAUAAGUCAGUCAUGGUUUUUAGUUUGGAUUUUUACUUUACUUCUGAGUGAAUCUCAACCGAAAAAAACUUCUGUCUAUUAUAUGAAGAACCCUGAAUGUGCUGAAUAUAAAUAUUUAGGUGGUGCUACUGUAUAUUCUCACGAUAAACAAUACACAGAAUAUUAUGAACAUAAGAUCUCAUGUCGAAUGACUUUUAAAGCAGAAAAUGAAGACUGGAAACUUGUGUUACGUUUUAUCAGUCUAGAUAUUCCUGACAGGACAGAUAGAAUUUGUAAUGAUGCUGUUUAUGUUUUUGACAGUGAUCAGAUUUUACUUCCAUUUGCUGAAGCUGGAGGAAACUUUGGUUUAUGUGGGAAUGAAGUACCAACAGAACCUAUGCAGUCCAGUGGACCAUUUAUAACAGUUCAUUUCAGAACUGAUUCAAAAGGACCUAGAGGGACAGGGUUUAAAUUUAUUGUUACAGCAUUUAGUGAAGAUUAUCAAAAGUUUAACUCAUGUGCAAGUAGAUUUACAUGUAACAACAAAUGGUGUAUUGAUGAAGAUUUAGUCUGUGAUGACAUAGACCACUGCACAGAUUCUAGUGACGAGUUAGAUACUGGGCCGUCUAACUGUGGAGAAAAGGAGAGUCAUUUCCUAGAAAAGUUUUUCUCCCUUGGAAUAACAGCAUCAGUGACAAUAACUGUUGGAAGUUUAAUUGUAAUUAUUGUGUUUACUGUGGUUAUAGCGUGUUGUUGUCGGAGAACUUUUUGUAAACCACAUCAGGAAACAAGUGGCACAACUUCAACUGCCACUUCUAUUGUGGCUAAUGGUACACCUAUACCAAACCAAGGUCACCAAUAUCCAAUACAACAACCUUAUCCCCAGCAGUAUCAACAUACUCAUCAAGGAUAUUUCCCCAUGCAGCCGGUAUAUCCUACAAACAAUCAUACAUCAAUGUACACACCUUAUAUGAGGGAAGGAGGAUAUAUUAAUGCUCCUAGUGUUUACUCAUCAAACUCUCAGACUCAUUCACAACCAACAUCCUAUCAUCGGUCAUACACACCGACGAGUUCCCGAUCGGGGAAAUCAAAUAAAUCUAAUAAUAGUACAUCAGUGACAUACAGUCAAGGAACAGACAAAGUGACGUUACCUGUUAAUCUGUAGUCGCCAUUUCUACGUUGUUUGUUUUAUUCAUCUGUCUCUCUCACGUUUUUAAGUUUUUCAUUUAAAGAAAGUUAGAAAAUCUAUAAUAUGAGUGGGGUUGACUACUUUAUUGUAAAAUUUGUAUCAAAUCCCAGGAGAUUUUAAAACAUAAUUAGAUCUAAACUAAAGUUUUCUGUCUGCUCAAAGGGUGGAUUGGGAGUCAUUUGUUUUAUCUUUUUGAUAUGGUGCUAUUGAUAAUGUUUAAAAAAAAUGACUGAAUUUCAAAAUUUACAACCUAAUAAAACACUUGUAUUUUACUUCUAAUUUGUUUUUAUCUCUGAAUUUUCUACAAAUGAAAGGAAAAAAGAAAAGAAUGCAUAGAAUAUAUCUACAAUUUAUCAGAAUAUUUUAAUUUAAUUACAAAAAACUGUGAGAGAAUUUAAGUUGAUGAGACAUGCUUUUAUAUAUAUCAUACUGGUUGUGAAUAUUUUGAAAACUGUUAUUUAUUACAUUUUAUAAUCAUAUGUUUUAUGGACUAAAGUACUUUGAAAAAUAGCUUAAUUAUACCUUUAUCAGAUGUUUACUAGUUUGAGAAAACUAAACAGUCAAAGGGAGAUAAUUCAAAUAAAUUGAUGAUAUAUUUUGGCUUCCAAAUACGAUUUACAUUUUUUUGUAGUGUUCAACAACAAGAAUUUAAAUUUUUUUUAAACUCUUUGAUAAAUUUUACAAAAAUUCUUAACAAGAACAAAAAUAACUCUUUAAGUCUCGAUCAUUUCAGUAUAACUUGUCUAAAGAUUUUUUGUGAAAAUAACCCCUGUUCCUUACCAAGUUUUGUAUACACAUGGAGUAAAUUUUUCACUACCGUUUGAUUUUAACAUGUAUCCAUAGAAUUGUAUUGAUUGGGUUGUAUUACACAGAUUCUACAAUUCGCUUGGUGGCAUUUUAUUAUAACUUUUACCUUGAGUAUUUUAGUUAUUGUUAUAUUUUGUUGAAGGUGCAGACAAUCAUGUUUUAUUUUAUUGUUUUACAAUAUUUUAUGUGUUAUUAUUAUUAGCCUCACUAGUUUUGUUGUUAUUAUUAUACAUCUCAUAAAUAAUGAUGAAAAAAAUAAAUGUUGUAACCAAAUACUGUUAAUUCAAAAAUUAAUCAUGUGCAUUUAUUAUUCUGAAUCUCUGAUCAAUAACAUGAUUGGGAUCUUCAAUUCAUGCAAUUCAAGUGCACAUUGUAAUUAAAACAUGCUCGAGAAUGACAAAGUGUGAUUGUUUAUUAAUGAAAUUCUCUUUUUGUUGCAUGUUUCACAAUGACAAAAACUUCAUGACAAUUUAUAAGUUUAAUAGCAGUAUCUAUUUCAAAGUCAAAUUUAUUUUUAUUUUUAAUUUAAUUCCUAUGAAAUAUACCUUUGAAGAAGCACUUAAAUAUAAUUAAACAAAUAAUUAUUAAACAUAUAUUCUACUGUGAUACAGGUAAAAAAUUCAAAUAUCAAAAUUAUUUAUUAAUAUAGUUUGCAAUUAUCAGGGUACAAUUAUUUUGUGAAAAUAUUAGUACAAUCAUGGAAGUAAUAUUUAGAAGGAAUAACAUCGUCGUCACUUCAAAGGUUUCAUCUGCGUUACCGCCCAUCUUUCAAUAGCUUGUUAAUUGGUUCAAUAUCUGGCAUGGAAGUUGAUUCUUCGCAUGUGAUCGAUCAAAUCACUGACACUUAUCGGUCAUUUUCGUGUUCACGGAGAACUACGAACAGACAAGUUUUUGUCGUUUAUACAUGCGAAGUAACCCGAAUAGUUCAUUCGUUACAUUCCGUUGAUGUACGCUGCCGAAAGAGUCAUUCGUUCAAUUUUUAUUUUAGUCCAAUUUUUGCCUAUUUUUGGUUAGUUUGAUCAUAAUAGUUUAAACCGACAGCUAUCACAUAGAAAAUUGGAGAACAAGAUUGUGUCAUUUCAAUUUUAAUAUUUACAGACAGUUAAGAAGAUGAUUGUAAAAAAAAUACCUUUGGACCCCCUUUAUUUAAUACGAAAAAUCUAAAUCUUUCGUGUAUUUAUAGUUAAUUAAAAUAUUCACAAUUCUAAACGGUUCUAUCCUUCAAUUUAAGGUCUUGAUACAUAAACUAAUUUGUGUAAAAAUGAAUUUACCGUAAGACAGAUAGAUUUAAGCCCAUUUCGUCGGUUUGUUAUAAUUUUUGCUGUAUAGCUUAUUAUAUUAAUACAAGCAUUCCACAAUAAUAUAUAUUUACGAAAAUAUUAUCCCCAUUUUAGUUGUCCAGUUUCAAUAAUGCAAUCAAUGACAUUUAUGACAUAUACAUAAAUUUAGAAUACUUGAAAGUAAAUAUUCUGUUAUUCAAUCUCGCACAUUUCAAAAGUAAAAAAAUCUAUGCCUACAUUUGCCUACACUACUUUGUUAAACAUCAUGUGAAACCUGAUCGAUUCAACGGUAUUUAUCUGUUUAACUCGGGAUCCGCUUUUAACCGGAAAAUAUUUUUAGAACAGUUUAAAACAAAAGGUAAAAAGCAAAAAUAUGCUAAAUUAAAUACAAUUUUCCAUGUUAAACUGCUGUAGUUUGAACAAUUGUCGUCUGUUUUUUAAGUUUUUUACAUCAUACGACUUCGUCUGAAGGCAGAGGUUUAAUAUGAUACAGCGCCACCUUCUUAUUAAUAAACCUCAGAUUUCACACAGGUACUUUAAAAUAACCGGACUCGAUAAAACCACUUGACUGAUAAGAAAUUCCAGAUGCCAUUUUACAACCGCGGUAACGCAGAUAGUAACCAAAGGGGUCUUACCGCUGAGACUAUAAUUGGAUGAAAUCGUAUGACUUUAGUACAGAGCUCAGCAUGCUAUAAAUACAUGCUAAUUAGUCGUUGUUAUUCCUUCUAAAUAUUACUUCCAUGGUACAAUACAGUUAUUUAUUUUAUAAAGCAUUCAUUUCGAUUUUUAUACUUCAACAAUUGAUCAAAUAAUAUUUUUUUUUACAAAUUGUUAGAAUUAAUGAUUUCAAUGUAUAUUUUACGAUUGGUUAGAAUUUAAUAUUAUAUCUGUGCCAUUAGAUAUUUUUUUAGUCUUCAAAGACUAGCAUAACUGAAAUAAUUAAAGAUCUCAUCAUCUCCAAUUCUCUACAGCUAAUGACGAACUUCUUGUAGUGAAUAAAUUAUAAGAGGGUGGUAAUGGGGGUACCUUCAUGACAAAUAAGAAAUCUGGCCAGAUGGCAUCAAUGGUUAUUUUCGGUGCUUACCAUAAAAUUUACACUUUCUUUAAGACAAUGAAAAAUUUAUAACUUUGACGAUUCAUUUUAAAAUCUUUCCUAAAAUAACAGUAACGAUAAUUAUUUGAGACCUCUGACAACUCAGGAUAAUAUAUUUUGACGAAUCACAGUAAAAUGUUAAUCAAUUUGACGAUAAUGUUAGCCUUAAAUUACCGUUUGACCCGAACAGUAAAGGGCAUUACUACCCUCAUAUAAUUACUUCAUUAUUUUGAUAAGGAGUACUAGUGUAGUUCUUUGAAUGAAUAAAAAUGGCUUUGAAAUUGCUUAUCUUGCCUAAGACAUCGUAUAUAUAGCUUGACGAUUAUGUAAUCCCACCGACAUCAAACAAUCUACCUCAACUUUGUAAAUUAACAUGAUAUUGUCAUUUUGUCCUCUCUAUAUGGAUUUGUCCUGUGUAAAUUCAGCUGAAACUUUUUUUAUUUAAUCAUUUAGGUUUAUAUUUUUCAAAACUAUGUUUUGGAACUGUCAUCACAAUUCCAAAUUCAUCAAGCAAAUGCUGUUUUGUAAUGCAUCAUAAAAAAAUGAAGGAAAGGUAUAUAUAGGUUCAUAUAUACGUCUGUCUGUCACAACCUGUCAAUUUUCAUUUCUUUACAUUUUCCUCAGGAACUACAAUUUCCUUUAAAAAAAAACCACCGCAAUUCCAAAAUCAUACAUAAAAUCAAAUCCUGUAUUUUGUAUACAGUGGCUUGGUACUUAAAUGGCUUCAUUUUGCCAAUAAAUAUAUCCUUUGCAUGACUAAAAUUUAUUACAUUCUCAUUUAUCAAGGUUUAUGAGCAAUUUCCCUAACUUAAUGAAUAUAUGAAUUAAAAAGAAUUUAUUUCAAAAUAUAUUUAAACAAUUGUCAAAAAAAUGUUUGUGACUUUUUGUACUAUCAAAUUUGUGACUUUUUGUCCUGUGACUUUCUGUCCUUUUACCUUAUUAAUUUAUUUUUGCAUCCUUCCUAGGCACCUCAAAUCAGGAUUUUUUUUAAUUCAGAAUAAUGCUUAAUGUGAACAUGCUUUAUGUGUGAUUUAUAAUUUUAACACUUCCAUCAUGGAACAAUUUAUAUUUUCUAUAUUGAAAGAAUAGAAGUUAAAAAGGAUACAAUGCCUAAAAUAAACAUUGUAAUAUAUUUAUCUAUGUGUGUCUGUCUGUCCACUUGUUAAUUCAAGAGAAACUUU